AUGGCAUCUCAAUCAUCAGAACAACAGAUCGAAGAACUGAACAUGAAAGUCAAAAACCAAGGCGAUCAAGUCAGAAGUCUCAAGUCAGCACCCUCGGAACAACGAGAUCCAACCCAAAUAGCACAAGCAAUCGAGACACUCAAAAACCUAAAAUCUGAACUAGAACUCCUCAAAGGAACUAGCAGUACAGCUCAAGAACCACCCAAAUCAAAAACAAGCAACCAACCACAUGCUAAAUCAACCAAGAAAGAAGUCAUGACCAAGUUCCAACUCAAAGUCCCAAAGGGCACUAAAGAUCAUCAUCCAAAGGAAAUGCUCAUCAGAGAAAAGAUCUUCUCGACGAUCACCAGGAUCUUCAAACUCCAUGGCGCAGUCACGAUCGACACCCCAGUAUUCGAACUCAAAGAAAUCUUGUCGGGCAAAUACGGCGAAGAUUCGAAAUUGAUUUAUGAUUUGCAGGACCAAGGUGGUGAACUGUGUAGUCUAAGAUACGAUCUUACCGUUCCCUUUGCUAGAUUCUUGGCUAUGAACUCGAAAGAAUACCCGAGCAUCAAGAGAUACCAUAUCGCUAAAGUUUACAGGCGAGAUCAACCCGCAAUGACCAAGGGAAGGAUGAGAGAAUUCUAUCAAUGUGAUUUUGAUAUUGCUGGGGCGACGGAUCCGAUGAUCGCAGAUGCUGAGGUAUUGACGAUUGCUUGUGAAGUAUUGGAAGCGUUGGAAGUUGGCCCAUUCACGAUCAAGCUCAAUCAUCGAAAAUUGUUGGAUGGGAUCUUCGAUCUAUGUGGGGUACCUGAAGACAAAUUCCGAGCGAUCUCUUCUGCCGUCGAUAAGCUAGAUAAGAUGGCUUGGAUUGAUGUUCGAAAAGAGAUGACGGAAGAGAAAGGUUUGGACCCUCAGAUAGCUGAUCGGAUCGGAGAAUAUGUCAAACUCAAAGGCUCUGAAGAUCUUCUGGCUCAGCUUUUCGAAGAUCAGACUUUGGUUGCUAACAAGACCGCCAAAGAAGGCCUGGAAGAAAUGAAGUUGCUGAUGUCAUAUAUGAACGUCUUUGGUAUCAUGCCCAGAAUUUCGUUUGAUUUGAGUCUAGCCCGUGGACUGGAUUACUAUACGGGUGUUAUAUAUGAAGCGGUAGUUGAAGGCUCAGCACCGCCAGUCAAAGAAGCGACGGCGAGUGCCCCAAUGACGACGGAGGAAGCGGUAGGGGGGCCAAGCUCUAAGGCUCGAUCGACGAAAGCGAAACGAGAUGAGACGGGCGAGGCAGCGGAGAUCGAUGAUGAGAGUCAGAUCGGAGUGGGGUCGAUUGCUGCAGGAGGACGGUACGAUAACUUGGUGGGGAUGUUCUCGGCCGGUAAGGAUAAGAUCCCCUGUGUUGGAAUCUCCUUCGGCGUAGAACGGAUCUUCUCAAUCCUCAAAUCCAAGGCCGCUCAGAAUCGGAUCGAUAAUCUGCGUGGUAAGGAUGUCGAUGUCUUCGUCAUGAGCGUCGGUGAUGGCCUCUUAGUUGAGCGGAUGAAGCUAUGUAAAGAGCUGUGGGACGCCGGUUUAAGUGCUGAAUUCAUGUACAAAUCUAAACCGAAAACUCAAAAACAAUUCGAGAUAGUCGAUCGAGAUCAGAUCCGAUUUGCAAUCAUCCUAGGACCCGAAGAACUUAAAUCAGGACAUGUGAGGAUUAAGGAACAAGUAGGUAAAGAAAGUAACUUGCAUGCGCAAGACAAAUCUGGCGUUGUCGUUGAACGGUCGCAGAUGAUCUCCUUGUUGAAAGAACGCUUGUAUAAUCCUUCUUAA